UCAGGCCUUAUACCUAUAUUUCCAAGCCUUAAAAUACAUCCAGGCCUUAUACCUAUAUUUCCAAACCUUAAAAUACAUCCAGGCCUUAUACCUAUAUUUCCAAACCUUAAAAUACAUCCAGGCCUUAUACCUAUAUUUCCAAGCCUUAACAUACAUUCAAGCCUUAUACCUAUAUUUCCAAGCCUUAACAUACAUUCAAGCCUUAUACCUAUAUUUCCAAAUCUUAACAUACAUUCAAGCCUUAUACCUAUAUUUCCAAGCCUUAACAUACAUUCAAGCCUUUUACCUAUAUUUCCAAGCCUUAAAAUACAUUCAAGCCUUAUACCUAUAUUUCCAAACCUUAAAAUAAUCCAGGCCUUAUACCUAUAUGUCCAAGCCUUAAAAUAA